AUGUUUAAAUCUACAAAAAAAACCAAAGACCCCACGAAAAAUCGAUCUGUAAGUGACACUGCUAAGGUAAGUGAAAAAACUAUUAUUAAGAAUGAAAGCUCGACAGUGGUUCCGAAACAAAUGUUCAGCAGUAAAGUAGCUAACGAACAGCCAUUGAACGUAAGCGGUAAAGGGCGCAGUUCAACGCCGCAGACAGCAAAAAAGACGUUAGUCAAAGGCGUUGUUUCCAGACAGGCUGCAGAAUCAUCAUCCACUGCUUCGAUUUCAAAAUCAUUGAGUUCAUCUUCCAUAAAAAAGACUACAACUGGUAAAAGCAUUAAGACCAUCACUACCGUUGAUCAAGAUGGUAAUAUCCAUACAACCGUGGAAACGGUUGACGACAUACCACAAUCGACCACAGAAACCACUACCGAAGAGUCGAACGCUGCAGAUUCGGCCAAUGUGUACGUCGAGUAUGAUGACCAAUAUUCCUUCGAAGGUGCCAUAGAAACGGCGGAGGGAUUGAACUCACCACCGUAUUUUACAUCAAAUCGUUUAACUUCAUCAAAGAACUUUGAAAAUGAAUCAUCAUCGAUUAAUCAAUCGAUGUCUACAGAGACCAAUUAUAAUACCGUUACCUCACACGUUAAUUCCGAAUCAAAACAACUGUUGGACAUACAGGAUACAACACAACACGGAAACACAGUAAGUUCAAUAAAUGGAAAAUUAAUUAAAUCCAUUGAUGACAUGUCACAUGAUAACUCAAAUUAUUCAUAUCAGCCAAAUAUAAGCAAACAAGUCGAUGUUACAAACACAAAAAUUAACACAAAUAUAAAUUCAUCCGAAAAUGAAUCGUCGAGUACCACCCAACUUGACAAAACAAAAAACAUAAAUUAUGGUAAAAACAAUCAACAAAUUAAYACUGAAUCAAUAGAAUUAAAAACAUCUGCAAAUACUGUUAAUUUAUUAAAUGACACUAAAGAAAAAUCAUAUACUUCACGGGACCAUGAAAAUAACCACGAAAUAAGUUCGGGAUUAACAGUAAAAAUGGUCGGUGGAAAGUUGAUAAAACAAUUUAGUACACCGUCAAAGUCUAAACAAUCUCAAAAUAUUACGAAUACUAAAGAGGUGGAUAUGCCAUACACUAUUGAUAGUAAUAAGCAGCAGUAUAAAAAUAACCUAAAAUCUUCAUUUGAAUCAGAUAUAAUUGAUCAAAAUGUAUCUACAGAUAAAUCCAAUGAUUAUAGUUCUGAGAUGUUCAUAACACAAAAAUAUAUACCGAUUUUUUCAAGAUCCAAUCAAGAAAUUGAUGAAAUAACGUCAUCGAGUAAUGAAAAUUCAAAAACAUUAGAUGACGGCUUAACAGAACAGUCAGAUGUUAAGAAUAACAAAUUUAAAAACGAAAAAGUUAUUAAUAAUUUCGACGAAGAAGGUUUGACAGUGCGCAUGGUUGGUGGAAAAUUAAUUAAAACAUUCAAUGAGCCAUCAUCAACCAAGAAAAACAGUUCUGAUUUUUCUAAAUCAAGUAAUAUUUCAUCUAGUGACAUUUCGUCUGGUGACUUCACAACAUCAACUUCAUUUAUCUCGAAUGAACAAUCAUCGUUUUCAAGUUCAUUUGAAGAAACUGAAAAAUCUGAUAUAAAAACAUCUAAWAAAUCUCAGUCUGCAAAUAAAAAAACUGACCAAUUAGAUGAGUCAAAUAACAAACAACAGUUAGACGUUAUAAAAGACAAGUCUAAAUCAAUAACUACUGUAGAUAUUGUGGACAAAGAAGGUUCGUCUGUACGUAUGGUAGGUGGAAAGUUAAUUAAGACCUUUAAAGAACCCAAAACUUCAAAAAAAAAUAGAAAUGAUGUGUCGAAUUUAAGUAACAUUUCAUCUAGUGAUAUUUCAUCAAGUAAUAUUACAACUUCAACAUCGUUUUCAACAAACGAACAAACUUCAGUUUCAAGUUCAUUUGUAGAAAGUGAUCAAUUAAAUUUUAAAACUUCCGAAACCAUCUAUCAAUCAGCAGAUCGACCAGAUGAAACAAAACACAUAAAAGAACUAGAUACUAAUAAAGGAAAAUCUCAACCAAAUAAGUCUGUUGAAAAUGUCGACGAAGAAGGAUUAACAGCGCGUGUAGUUGGUGGAAAACUAAUCAAAACUUUUAACGAGCAAACACCAUCCAAUAAAAAUAAUUUUAAUGUUUCUAAAUCCAGCACUAUAUCAACUAGUGAUAUUUUGUCUGAUGUAACAAAAAACAAGAAACGACCAGACGCUAAAAUAGAUAAGUCUAAACCAAAAUCUACUGUUGAUAAUGUCGACGAAGAAGGCUUGUCGGUACGCAUGGUCGGUGGAAAAUUGAUCAAAACUUUUAAAGAGCCGUCUCAAAAUGUUGUAAAAAAUACUUCCACAUCUAAUAUAAUGACUACUAAUUUAAACAGCCAACGCACUGAUGUAAAUUUAGAUACUAGUUCUCAAAUUUUAAAUACAACUUAUAUAAUUGAUGAAUCAUUAUCAAAUAAUGAAGUAAUAAAUACCAUUUCUACUAGUAAUGAAAGUAGUACGAUUAUUGUUGGUGGGAAAAUGACAUCAAAUUUUAAAACACCCGAAAGGACUACCCGGAAACCAAAAUCUGAUUUUCCAGAUAAAACGAAUGCGGACAUUGUGCCUUUGGACAGUAAUUAUAUUACGUCGUUGAACGACACUAAACACGUUCACGAUGUAUUUUAUGACUUUUCCGAAGAAUCAUACAUUGAGUCUCGACAGUUUUCGGAACAAUCUAUGGUUGAAGAUUUUCAAGUAACAUCGAACACGUCGGAAUAUUAUCCUGAAAUGCCUGUUAGAAAUAUUGAUGUAAGAGACAACAUUGUUGUUCAAGAUAUCACCGACUUCGUGUCUGUUUCAAAUCAUGCAGAAGUAGUAGAAAAUAGAAUAAUUUCCGAAGUGGUUGUGGAAAAAUCAGUAGUAAAUGGUAUGACCGAAAAUUAUGAAAACCACGUAUCUUCAUCGAAAAAGGUCCGAGAAAAUAAAGUAGACAAGAGGGCGAGAAAUGAAAAGGAAAUCAAUUCAACAUCGAAAGAACAAUGCAUUUGCGAAAUUUGUACUUGUGGACGUCAUCGAUGUCCACACACACCUGGAACUGAUAAGUCUCCACUAGAUUUGGAGCCUAUAUCGUCUCCAAAGUUAUCAAGAACUAAAGAAGAAUACCAACCAAUACCAUUUGACCGCGUUGAAAGACCUACUUUACAGAGACUCAAUACAGAACUUACUUUAAACGAAGGGAAAAUUGAAAAUACUACGGCCUACAGGUCGGAGUUUGAGGAAAAACAUGCAGAACGUCAAGUCCGGUAUAAAAAGGAAGACCAACUUCACCUUGAAGGUGAAUAUUCCCCACAGAGAAAACAAGAGUAUACGGGACUUCCUGGCGAUCGUUAUUUAUCGCGUAAGCCUAAAGAUAACCUAAAACCUGAAGGUGAUUUUGAAAGACCAACUCGUGAAAAAGUGACACCAGCAGAACGACCGAAACCAAUAAAACCUA